AUUGGGCCAUUCCAUAUCAAAACGCACCGUUUACAUGGUCACAACCGACUGGUGGCAAGUGACGAAACAAUCUGAACUAAGCCCCGGACAUCAAUUUCCAUUUCCAUUUGAUUGGCAUCAAGCCUGUGCUCGUUUCGUUCCCAACGUUCCCAAAUCGAAACCCGAGUCGCAUAGAAGAAGACCCGUCCGACUCAGCCAUCAUCAGCAAUGGCUGCGAUCUUAGCUCGCAAGUCCCUUCAGGCUCUCCGCGCCAGGCAGCUCGCUGUACCAGGGCAAGCCUUGCAGGGUUCUUACUACUAUGGACCGCGUUCCAGUUCACAUUACUUCUCCACUAUAAAAGAGGAUGAGGAGAGAGAGCAACUCGCAAAGGAGAUUUCGAAGGACUGGAGUUCUGUCUUUGAGCGAAGCAUAAACACAUUGUUCCUCACUGAAAUGGUUCGAGGUCUGAUGCUGACGCUUAAGUACUUUUUUGAGAAAAAAGUUACUAUCAAUUAUCCAUUUGAGAAGGGCCCUUUGAGUCCUCGUUUUCGUGGUGAACAUGCCCUACGGCGAUAUCCUACGGGAGAAGAGCGUUGCAUUGCAUGCAAACUUUGCGAAGCUAUAUGUCCGGCGCAGGCAAUCACAAUUGAGGCUGAGGAACGAGAAGAUGGUAGCCGUAGGACUACUAGGUAUGACAUUGACAUGACAAAGUGCAUCUACUGUGGAUUCUGUCAAGAGGCAUGCCCUGUUGAUGCCAUUGUAGAAGGACCGAACUUUGAAUUUUCAACAGAGACUCAUGAGGAGCUUCUUUACGACAAAGAAAAGCUGCUCGAGAAUGGAGACCGAUGGGAGACUGAGAUUGCUGAGAACCUCAGAUCUGAAAGCCUCUACCGCUGAUUUUCCACCCCAUGGUUCUUUCCUAGUUACCAUACUCGCACUUUCUUGACUUUUUGAUGAUGUGGAAAAAUAAUAGAUCCAUGCAUGGAUCUUAAAGAGGUUGUAUUGUUGGUAUUUUAUUACCCUAAUCUUUGUAAUUGAGUCAUUGUAAGUAAUGAUUCCAAAUGCAAGGGAUCAAAGUUUUUUUCUGUAAGAUCUUUAAACACGUUGAGCAUGGUUGGACGUGAAUUUUUACCAAUUUAUAGACCAUCCUCUAGUUUCGUUUGAACAA